AUGCCUACCACAUAUUUUUCACCGACAGUCAUAAUACCAACGAUCAAACCAAAUCACGUCUUAGAAGGCUCAUACAUAUUAAUACAAGACGAGAUAAAAACGUAUAGCGUUCUUGGUCAAUCAUCACCUUCAUCAAAUAGGAAUGGUAACCAGAAAAAAGCCAUUAUCGUCACGCAUGAUAUGAUGGGAUUUAAUAACGUUUCAAACCAGAUUUGCGAUAUAAUUGCCAGUCAAGGAUAUCGAGUCAUGAUGCCUUAUUUGUUUCUGGACGAACCUUAUACGAGGGAGAGAGCGGUAUUGGAAAGCAAUGUCGAGCGUUUUGCUUGGAUAGCGAGAGUUGCACCCGUAGACCAUCUUACUCGCGUUAUUGAUAAAACGAUAUUACAGCUUCGUACAGAAGGAUUCGAAGAUAUGGGAGUAUUGGGUUUAUCAUGGGGCGGAAAGGUUGCCGCUCUUGCAUCACAAAACAAAGCAUUUAGUGCCGCCAUUACUAUACAUACACCCUGGCUAACAUUCAACGAUUUAAAAGACACAGAAUGUCCGAUUUGCCUUAUAACACCAGGUGAUUUACAGGAUCUUACACCAGUGGUAAAGAGUUUGCAAGAGAUAAAACCGUUUGCACGAAAAAUUGUGCACGCACGGUUUCAGGAUUUGCGUUAUGGUUUGUUAAGCAUGUUUACCGAUUUCGCGAAUCCAAUGGUCGCUGAAUUGGCGACCGAUGUGUUAAGAGUCGCGGUUACGUUUCUCAAAGAAAAUCUUGGAAUACGGAAUUAUUGA